AUGUCCCAGCAACGGGAAACGUACUCUCCUCCCCGUACACCUCCCUCCCAAACCGCGAGAUACAGGCCCUCCAAGCGUGGGUAUCCAACUCGACCAUCAAUCCGUGAUGCUUUCCCAGACGCCAUGGACAACCCCCCAAGAACCAGUGAGUCGGGAGAUGAUCGAGAUCCGCAUGAUCUCUCUUUAUCCCCGCAACAUGCUACACGGACGUCAAUCGUCGACAACAUGCUUCUUUCGCUCGAUCAAUUCGCCCCAAGUUCAUCUAUCCUAGACGACUAUCGCCUUUUCAAUUCCGCCUUUGAAAUCGACAACAGUCAUUACUCCCAAGAAUCUGAUUCCCACGGCCGGUACCGCGGACACACAUUUUCCUCGUCAAUGUCCUCAGAACCAGACUACGGGUACGAAGAUGGAAAUAGCCGAUAUGCAACAAUCACGGCGACCAAGGGCCGGCGCAGCAACAGCAGUUCUAAUCACCAGACGACACCGAGACAGAUGGGAAGCUCGCGCGGUGGUACCGGAACCAUGCCACGAACAAACACUGCCCGAAACGGCAGCAAAGGAAGCUCAUCCUCCAUUGCGGACUACUCAUACACCGUUCCUAGAGCACGAACGGAUCAAGGCUUGGAUCGACGCUCAGCCAGCUUCGAUUGUGGACCAAAACGAGCGUUCGCACCUUAUACUGAUAGUGUCGGUCAGGAAUCGACACUGUAUGACGACCACGAUGCUGCACCCACUCCCAGUGUCCCAGCAGGACCGAGAAAGGCCCACGAUUAUAAUAGGACACCAACAGCUACUUCCGCGCGGACGCCGAUAGCAUCACGACGGAACAGUAUGAAAUCUGCUCAUGCCCCUCAAGUUCGAAAGGUUCGGCCCGAAAACAUAGGCACGGGGACCCUCCGAGCUCGGGACAAUGAUUUCCAGGAUGUGGAUGAGACUGAGCUUGACCUCCCUCCGGCCAUCCCGGCGUCGUUGGAUCCUCCUGCUCCUAGCCCGACCAUCUCCUAUAACAAGCCAGCUUUUCCUCCUCCAGAACCAACGGCAACUACCACGAUCUCGACCAAUGUCCCCAUCAACCAUCCUGCUCCAAGCACAAAAGAACGUCCCGGUUUCUUCCGGCGUGUCUUUGGAUCUAAGACACCAGCCCCUGGACCGGCAGAUACAUCAGGUAUAAACGCCAAUCUAUCACAUCUACAAGACACCGAGAGUAGAGACAAUGGGGCGACUGCCAGCCUAAAGGGGCGACCUGCCCAGGGAGCCAAGAGCUCCGCGGGCGUUUCUCCGUCCUCUGUUCGCACAGGGCCCCAUCAGGUCGUGAACAAGAAACCAUCGUUCUUCCGUAGAAGAAAGAGGUCGGUGCCUGACCAUGCUCCUCCGCCAAUUGUAAUUCCUCAACAUCUUGCUCCUCAGACUAUGGAUACUAUGGCAGCUCCAAGUCCUGUGAGCAGCCUGCGGCAGGUCAUGAAUCCUUACCUCGACGAGGAACUAGACCGGAAAGAAAAUGCGGACUGGGAGGUCAAGAUUCGGCAACCGGGAUUUUUGCAGACGCAGAAGAAAAGAGAAAGUGUUUCAGCUCCUGGAGCUCCCAAAGCGAAGACUUCUCUCCAGCCUUCUGCUGCCUCCCAUGACCAGGACCUCUCUCCCGUUGCGGAGAAGGAUCGUACUUCGAAUGGUGACGUCUCCACAGACUUUGCCUUGCAGGAGAAGUCUCAGAAUGUUGCUGCCUCUGCUACUCUGUCUCCCGUCGCGGAAGAUUUCUCACGUGCCAUAAAAUCAAACGUCGAAGUUCCUCAAAUUGAUGUAGCUACAUUGGCGCUUCCAUCUGAAGACGUGGUUUGCGGAUCCCCUGUUGAUUCUAUGUCAGCAUCAUCAAACUAUCAGACCGCUGCGAACACCCCACUCAUUGAGCAGGAAGAGCUUCAACCAGUCGAUGACAGCGAGGAUCAGGUAGAUGGACCCGGCGAAGCUGUUGAAGAUGGACCAACAGCCGCGGAUCGAGAACAAGCUCAAAGGCUCUUUGACAGCCAGGAUCAGGUGGUGGGAAACGAGUCUGCUGCCGCUUGGUUGGGUGACCCCGAUCGGGCAAUGGUUCGCGAAGCGUACAUGCGACUGUACAACUGGUCUAAUCUCAACAUUGUUGCAUCUCUCCGGGCUCUUUGUGAUCGUUUGGUGCUCAAGGGAGAAACCCAACAAGUGGAUCGAGUGCUGGACGCAUUUUCGACCAGAUGGUGUGAUUGCAACCCGAGUCAUGGUUUCAAAGCUACUGAUGUUGUCCAUACCAUUUGCUAUUCUAUUCUGCUACUGAAUACUGAUCUGCACUUGGCUGACAUCGAUUCAAAAAUGACAAAAUCUCAAUUCGUUCGAAAUACUAUGCCCACUAUCCAUCGAGUGGCAAUGGAUUCCGCACCGGAAAAAUUUGAGACUCUGCGUCCAAUCAACCGCUCCAAGACCCAACAGCAUGAAGUGCACCCUGCCCCUACAUCCGCACGCUCUGCUCCUACGUCGGCACGUUCUGCAACUUUCCCCUCAGAGCUCACCCGCAGCUCGUUUGACAAAGAUGCUGAUGCCAACGUUGAUGCUGGGCCUUUGGUUAACACGCCAUUCACCGGAACAGUGAGAGCCUGGGAGCAACAGGUUGAAGCGGUACUUAAAGAUUUCUACACAUCUAUCCAAAAGGAAAGGCUUCCUCUGUUCGGUGCUCAGCCAGAACGUGAAGUAUCUCGCAUGUCGUCCAACAACUUUUUGGGCCCCUCUAGCGGUACUCUGCGUAGGAGUCCCAGCACAAUUAGCAAGAGCGGUUCCGAUAUCUUCCCUCGCGGCCGUUCUGCUAAUUCAAGCCAUGGAGCUGCCCGGUGGUCAUCUAAACCCCGCUCUCGAGCUGGGAGGCUUUACCCCCCCUCGAUGAUGGGCUCUAGCCGUACUAGUCUAGACGACCAAUCAGUCUCCAGUCCGACUGGGUCCAGUACCUGGAGUAAAUAUUCUUUGGGCAAGUUCACUUCGGCGUCUGUGGACUCCUUUGGCUCAGACUUCCCACGCGGCGAAUAUCAACAAUCUAUUGGUUUUGCCAACGCUUUGAGCCAGGCCAUCAUUCGGGAGGACUCUGCUACCUCGGUAUACAGCUACGAGGAGCCUGAGCGGACAACUCCUUUGCUUGAAGAUGAUACGUUGGCUCUAGCCGGAGCCCCGUGGGCCAAGGAAGGAAGCCUGAAGCAUAAGCAUCACCUAGAUGCGGUGGACAAACGGGCGAAGGACCGGAACUGGAAUGACUGUUUUGCUGUUAUACAGCAAGGCUGGAUGCGUCUUUUUUCGUUCAAUAACUCCACCAAGUCCAUGCGGCAAAAGUCUAAACAGCGCGGAGGGGUUAUCGUCGGUGGCGGCAACUGGACGGAAAAUGCAGAAGAGCUCUGGAAAUUCAUGCUGCGCCAAACCAUCGCCAGUGCCUUACCAUCGCCUGGAUACUCCAAGUCUCGUCCCCACGUCUGGGCCCUGAGCUUGCCUACUGGGGCAGUUCAUCUCUUCCAAGCUGGAACACCUGAGAUUGUCCGAGAAUUUGUCUCCACGGCCAACUACUGGAGUGCGCGACUAUCCAAGCAACCGCUGGUCGGAGGCAUCAGCAACAUCGAAUAUGGAUGGAGUGACAGUGUCAUCAACAGUGCGCUGAUCGGUGGUGAAAGUCGAUCCCCGCCGCCUUCGUCAGGUGCACGACCAAGUAUUCAAAGCUCUAUCCGAAGUUCUGUCGAUCAUCAGGGUGUGCGACCUCGACUCCCCGCGGAUCGGGUCAAUAUCAGUGAUUGGAGCCCGCCACAACAAAGCAUGGUCGCCUCCAAUCUGACAGAGGAGGAACAGUGGAAGGCUCUGCAAGCCUACGUGCAGAAUGUGGAAGAUGAUCUUUCUCGCCACAAUGAGCUACGUCCUGCGAUGAACCUUGCAUUCUCCCCACGCCACCCCAACGCCGCUAAAGCUAUGGCAAACUGGGAACGGAAAUCAUCAUAUCUAUUGCGUGAGAUUGUUAAGUUCCGCACCUAUAUCGACUCCCUCCGCAACGCCAUCAGUUCUAAAGAGAGAAUUUUCGCUUCAAAUGCCCACUCCCAAGUUGACGAGAAUCCAAUCAUGGAGCCUACCGAGGCAGUGUAA